AUGGAGCCCAGUGCCCUACUUUUUCUUGCUUUUCUCGCAGGUCUCUUGUUACUCUUAGUCAGGAGCCACCAAAAGACCCCUGGCCACUUCCCACCAGGACCCCGUCCUCUGCCCAUCUUGGGGAACCUCCUACAGAUGGACAGGGGAGGCCUCCUCAACUCCUUCAUGCAGCUGCGAGAAAAAUAUGGAGAUGUGUUCACAGUGCACCUGGGGCCUAGACCUGUGGUCAUGCUGUGCGGGACGGAGACCAUAAAGGAGGCCCUGGUGGACCAAGCGGAUGCUUUCUCUGGCCGGGGGACAGUUGCUGUGAUUGAGCCAAUUGUCCAGGGAUAUGGUGUGAUCUUUGCCAAUGGCGAACGCUGGAAAGCCCUUCGACGAUUCUCUCUGGCCACCAUGAGAGACUUUGGGAUGGGGAAGCGAAGUGUGGAGGAGCGUAUAAAGAAAGAGGCCCAAUGUCUGGUGGAGGAGCUGAGGAAAUCCCAGGGUGAGUUUUGA